GGCGGCCGCUGCGGGCACUGCAGCCGCGCGGCGCAGAGGGAGGCGGCCGAUCAAGAUGGCGGCGCGCGUGCUGCUGCGGCGGAGUCUGGCGGGAUCCUCCGCCGUGAGGCGCCUCCCGCCCCGCGGCCCGGCCCUCAGGGGGCUGGGAUCUUCAGCUAACAGACCUCGUGAAGACAGUUGGUUAAAAUCACUCUUUGUUCGCAAAGUGGAUCCAAGGAAAGAUGCUCACUCCAACCUUCUAGCCAAAAGAGAGACCAGCAGUCUGUAUAAACUACAGAUUCACAAUGUAAAGCCAGAAUGUCUAGAUGCCUACAACAAGCUCUGUCAAGAGGUGCUGCCAAAGAUUCAUGAAGAAAAACACUACCCAUGUGCACUGGUGGGGACUUGGAACACGUGGUACGGAGAGCAAGAUCAGGCUGUUCAUCUGUGGAGGUACGAGGGAGGCUACCCAGCUCUCAAUGAGGUCAUGAGUAAACUUCGUCAAAAUAAGGAAUUCACAGAGUUUCGCAAAGAAAGAGGCAACAUGCUUCUCUCUCGCAAGAACCAGUUAUUGUUGGAGUUCAGCUUCUGGAAUGAACCUGUUCCCAGAGAGGGGCCGAAUAUCUAUGAACUGAGAUCCUACCAACUUCGACCCGGAACAAUGAUUGAGUGGGGAAAUUACUGGGCUCGUGCAAUCCGUUUCCGACAGGAUAAUAACGAAGCAGUUGGAGGAUUUUUCUCACAGAUCGGACAGCUGUAUAUGGUUCAUCACCUUUGGGCUUACAAAGACCUCCAAACCAGAGAAGAUAUAAGGAACGCUGCGUGGCAUAAACCUGGCUGGGAUGAACUAGUCUAUUACACAGUGCCCCUUAUUCAGGAAAUGGAGUCCAGAAUCAUGAUCCCAUUGAAGAUUUCUCCGCUUCAGUAAAGUCACUGAUUUACUUGUGCCUAUGUAGAUAAAGUGACAAGUAUUUGUCUUAAAUUAAUUUAUGGUAUACAUUGUAUAUCAUAGUCUGAAAUAUAAAAGUACUGUAUUGAGCUUAUAAAAGAGACCUCUUUUCUUCAGAAUCUAAUGACCUUUUUGCUCUUAGGAUUGUACCAGGAAAAAAAAAGGCAUACAGGACUGUAAUUAAAAGGUUGGUUAGUUGAAAACAAGGAGAAAGGUAUACAUACGAGUUUCUCUGUGAGACAGCUCCUCAGGUUCAGCACGGCAGACGGUAUUUCAUAUCUCCUGCUCCACAGAUAGUGCCCGGCGCUGGAAAACAGCAGCAGGAUGGAGCACACGGGUGCUGUGGCCUUUGUGUGGCACUGUAAUGACUGCCAAUUUUAAAGCCAAACAAAAUGAGCAGCUCUGAAGCCCCCGGGCAGCUCUGAAAUACACCCGGCUGUUGUAGAGGCCUGAAAUCAGUGAGCAGCUCCAAACUGACAAAGAGGCAGUGGUUAAUUGAGGGCAAUACUGUUUGUCAGGCGAUGGCUUCUGGACAGGGUAGGCUGUUCCCUUUUGGCAAGGACCAAAGCCUGUUGCCACUCACCGCACGCUUGUGUAGAUAUCUACACCUGGAAUUAACUCUGAAAUGAUUUACUGCCUUUAUUUGAAGUGUGACCUGCGGUUUUCAGAGAGAUGCUGACACGACGCGGUUGUCUGAACAUUCUGCCGGGAAUGGAAUUCAUUUAAAUACGUUUAUCUUUACAAAUAACGUCUAGGAAAAGGGGUUUAAUUUCAUAAGCCAUCAUGACUUCAGACAUAUGCUUGGUCGAGUGUUUCCCUAACUGUACAGUAGGUACUUGCAAAUUGAUGUGUGAAACUGCUGCAUGUUGGGUCGAUAGGAUUGGCAUCAAGCGGUGUGCCCUUAUGUCCAGUUCUACUUCGGUUUCACUUUUAGUCUAGACCGUAUCAACACUUUUGGUGUCUGCAAUGAUGUGAACAUCCUGUAAGUGAAAAUACUCUUCGCUCUUUCAAGUGGCUACAAGAAUCAGUGUAACAUAUUGAAUGUACAAAUCAGUUCCAGAAUGUCCAGUUUGUACAUUUCAACCAGUUUUCAGGAAGAACACAUAUCGGUCAAUAAAAUCCUUUUAAUUUUCA